AGCCGUCUGCUAUCGAUAAGAACAUCUAGAUGUUCUACUAAACGAUUCAACGCAAUAUUUACAAGUCUCAAUUUCUUGGUUCGAAAGAAGCUAUAGUAGUAAACAUUCAACUAGUGAGCUCGAGAUUUUAUUUCUGCUGGCAAUUUGAAUGCUGAAAAUCAACUUGGCCAAACACAAACGAUGUGACGAACUGCAAACAUAAAUAAAUAUAGAUAUUUUUAACUAGUGCUGUGCCUUAAGUAAACAAACAAGCCCCAAAUUGACGGGAAAAUCAUAAACAAGUGCAAAACUGUGCAGCAGCAAGAGGCAACAGGCAAAAGGCAACAGGAAAAAAGUGUAAAAUUGUAAUUGGGCAAAAGAUAAUCUGCAUACCAAUUGUGAAAGAACAAGAACACCAAACUAGUUUGCAGCAGCGACGUCGACGGCGACAGCGACGGCACGAUAACAAGAACGACGCCAAGGUAGUUAACGAGUUGACAAGGGGAGUCCAGGGGCCAGAUAGGCGGGCGGGCGGUGGCAGCGGCUGCGACGCAUGAGCUGCGCAAAAGAGAUAGCUGUAAUUAACAACGAGUGCGAGUGCGAGUGCGAGUGCGAGCGCGUGGAACCAGUUCUCUUCGAACAGGGUCGGGUAGGGGGGCACUAUGCAAAGCAACUGAACAACAAGCACAAAAACAGCAGCAAUAACUUGGAAUCAGGAUGAACGCAAAAUGGAUGCUGGCAACAUUGCUGCUGCUUGCGCCUGCUGCAAGCGGUGCCAGCAGCAGCACUGGCAGCGGCAUCAUCAGCAGCAGCAGCCACGCCCCGCCCGAAAUCAUCUUCCGUCAAUGCGAACCGAUACGCAUCGAGAUGUGCCGCGGCAUUGGCUACAAUGAGACCUCCAUGCCCAAUCUGGUCGGUCAUGAGCUGCAAACGGAUGUGGAGUACACGCUGCAAACGUUUGCGCCGCUCAUCGAAUACGAUUGCAGCUCUCAGCUGAAGCUUUUCCUUUGCGCCGCAUAUGUCCCCAUGUGCACGCCCAAGGCGCCGGUGCAUUCGAUUGGACCCUGCCGCAGUCUGUGCGAAUCUGUGCGCAUACGCUGCCAUCCAGUGCUGCAGGGUUUCGGCUUUCCCUGGCCGCCGGCGCUUGACUGCGAUCGUUUUCCGCGCGAGAACAAUCACGAGACCAUGUGCAUGGAGGGGCCGGGCGAAACGCAUCUGGCCAUGCAGGACCAUGAGCUUUAUGGGCAGCAGUUGCCCGGCCUUAAGGUGGGCGCACCACUGCCGCUGGAUUGCUCGACUCUGGCCAAAUCCCAUUUGUAUGUGAAACUGCAUCGUUCCGGACGCUGUGCGCCACUCUGCGAAGCAGACAUACUCUUCACGCCCAGCGAGAAGCAUCUGUCCGAGAUCUGGGUAUCCACCUGGGCGUACGCCGGCCUAGGACUCGCCUGUGUGGCCACUCUCUGUCUGGUGCUGCUCGGCGGCGAUAAUCGUGGACGAAAUGCCGGCGCCAAAUGGUCGCGUCUAUUAUCGCCGCUGCUCUGGUGCCACAACAUGGUAACCAUCGGUUGGACGGUGCGUUUCAUUGUCGGACGCACGGGCACCGCCUGCGGCACAGAUCCCCAGGCGCCCAACGAAUCUCUGCUGAGUGUCGAUGGCCUCUCCAAUGCGGCCUGUGCCAGCGUCUUUCUAUUGCGCUACUAUUUUGGCAUGGCUGCCUGCGCCUGGUGGGCCAUUUUAUGCCUGGGCUGGCAUCGCGAUAUACGCCGCAAUAGUCCCGACACCAAAGGUCACGUAGCGCUGCCCGGCAAACGUCAUGGCGGCAGCACCGCCCAGCAGGAUUUGGCGCGCAAUAAUUUUGUUUGUUUUGUGGCCUGGGGACUGCCGGCGUUCCAAACGGCUGCGGUAAUUGUAAUGCGGCUCGUGGAUGCGGAUGAGCUGUUGGGCGCUUGCUUUGUGGGCAAUCAAUCGGAUAAAGCGCUGCAGGUGCUGGUCGCCACGCCCGUCUUUUGCUAUUGGAUAUUUGGCUCGAUGAAUCUAAUCUCUGGCUAUUUGGUGCACUGUCGCAACAAGGAGAUCUUGCGCAACAGCAACGCGUUAAGCUUGCAACAGCAACUGCAGAUGGGUGUGCACAACAGCUCUGGCAUUGGCAUCUUUUUGUUCAUCUAUGGCGCCGCCUGUGCCCUGCUGCUGCUUGCGGUCAUCUAUGAGUUUGCCAACAUUGAUGUCUGGCUAAGUCAACGGGAGACGAGCACACCGCUUUGGCCGUACUUAACGCGCGCUUUCAUGGAGCUUAUGCUGGGCAUUUGCUGUUUCGCCUGGGUGCUGGGUCCCAGCAUAUCCAGUAUGUACAAACGUCAGCUGUCCAUGCGUCCGCUCAAGCAGGCCACAGGCGUGGAACGCGCACACCAUCCACAUCCGCAUCAACAGCAGCAGCUGCAGCUGCAGCUGCAACAGUCGCACGCCCAGCAGCACCAUCAUCAGUCAGCGCUUGACGGGCAGAGCAGCUCGCGUGGCUCGCAUAUUGCAUGCAGCAGCACUGUUGUCUCCUAUCAUUCGGUGCGACCCUCGCAUCAGUCUUUGGUCAGCGCACCGCCGCUCAUCACCAGCCCCUACAAGCAGAAGACACAAACGGGCGCCGGCUCCAUUUCGCUUAACCAAAUGUCCAAUUAUUCGCUGGGCCGCAGCGUACAGCAAACGCCGACGGCGCACUCCACACAUCGCCUCUACUAUGCGCCGCCACAGAAGCAUCAUCAUCAUGGCCAUCAUGCCAACUAUUCCCACUAUCCGCUGCAGUUGCAGCGCUAUGGCAACGAGACGCUGCUGUGAGGUUAAAAUGGUUUCUACGGAAACGAGUUCUUCAAGUCUGAUGCCGCACGAAAUGAAUUGCCAACAGCUGCGGCUGUUUACCAGAACGUUCCUGCCAAGGUCAGCAUAUAGAUCCUAUCCUAGUUUAGCUUUUAAUGCGUUUAGAAAAUUGCAAUUGAAUUAUGCACUAUUCAGCAGCAUCACAUCGGGGUUCAUAAUUUAAUUUUCAAAUCAUAAUUCCUUCUUUUUUUUUUUUUUAAAGAGGUACGCCUAAGGUAUUAGGUAACUAUGAGAAAACGAAGCCUGCAAUUUUAGAUAUUAAAGUACCCCUUCUCAAAAUUGGAAGGAUCUAUGCAGAUGCUAUUCAUAUUUAGGUUAGGUCUGGGUGCUAUGUCCGUCGUUCUAUGCCAGAUAUCCCGAGCCGCAGGGCUGCAAUAAAACGCAUGCAAAACCCGGCCAAACCCUAUCCAUGUGCAUAAAUUUCGCCUCAGCUUAGCAAAGCUCCUUUAAUUGCUACCAUUUUUUUUUUAGCAACGAUCCAAAACACACAAAACCCCUAUCAUCGCUGUAUGUACCCUGUACAUACAUGAGUAUUAAUAUGAUGAGUUUAUUCUGUUUGUUUUUAUUUUUAUUUUUUUAACUAAAGCGCGCUACAUAGUAUUUACAGGCGCUGACUUUUGGGAAUCCCACUUAAACGUAUUUCUGUAACUGUAUUAGUUUAAAAUAAUCUAUGUGUGCGUGCGUGUGUGUGUGUGUGUGUUUACUUACUAUUUUAACUUUUAUGUUGUGUUCCGUUGUUUCGUGUGGGGUGCCAUGAAAUAAGUAAAAACAAAAAAAACACUAAAAGUCACACAUAGAACUUAAUAUGGCUGCAUACGUAAAACCCGUUUUCAUGGAAAUGAAAAACAAGGUUCGCGGUUUGAAUCAACGCUUUGCGUUCAAGGUUAGGCUCGUGCAACCUUGUUUUUCACAUCCAUGAACCCAUGUUUCGGUUCGGGCCUUGCUUUUACACAUUUUUCACGAAACAAUUUCACUUUUUGUUAUUCAAUGUUUUGGUUAUCAUGAGUGCAAUUCUACAAACUAAAAUGAUGAUUAAAAAGUGCAAUAAUAUUUGGAUAAACUAUGUAUAAAAAAAAAAUUGUAUUUUGAGCAAAAAACCGCAAAAACCCAGCUGGCAACCUUGGUGAAAAUAAGCACAACAAAAUAUACAUAUGUAUCGGGCAUUUAUUUUUCUAUAUCAAAACUAUUUCAUGGCACUCCAAUGCAUGUGUAAUAAACAGUUAUUUUACUAUAUUAUUAUUAUUAUUAUUAUUAUUUAGCGCUGCUGUAGGCGUAACCAAAGUACAAUUGAUUAAAUGCUUGCCCCACA